AUGGCGAAGCUUGAACCAUACAAGGGCGGGUACUACCUUUGGAAAUAUGUGCCAUCCCUCGCAGCCGCUAUAAUCUUCAUCAUCCUCUUCACUUGCACAACGGCGUUUCAUUUCUUCAAACUAUGGAAAAAUCGAGCCCGAUUCUGCAUUCCAUUUGCCAUUGGUGGUAUAUUUGAAAUAAUUGGUUACAUCGCUCGAGCGUUUUCCCACAACAACACCGCUAGCAUCAUGCCUUUCGCCAUCCAAAACGUCUUCAUUCUUCUUGGACCAGUUCUGUUCGCGGCAUCGGUCUACAUGACACUGGGUCGAAUCAUUUCCGCCAUCGGAGCCAAGCAAAACUCGUUAAUCCCUAUCCGCUGGCUUACCAAGACAUUCGUUGCAGGAGACAUUCUUUCCUUUGUGGUUCAAGGAGGAGCAGCUGGUUUGAUGGUGACAGGGUCAAAUGCUGGAAUUGGUCAGGAUAUAGAGAUAGUUGGGCUCUUGAUUCAAGUGGUUAUGUUUGCGCUCUUUGUGGUCACUGCACUUGUGUUCCAGAUCCGUACCCAGCGGGAUUCGAGGUUUGAGUCUGGAGGUGGAUUGAUGUCGUGGAAGAGACAUCUCUACUUACUAUAUGCAGUCAGCUUGCUGAUCAUGAUACGUUCGAUAUUCCGGGUUGUGGAGUAUGGAAUGGGGACUGAUGGAUACCCUCUUACCCAUGAGUGGACUCUGUAUAUCUUUGAUUCUCUGUUGAUGUGGUCAGUCAUGGUGUCUUGGUUGAUCUGGUACCCUGGGGAGCUCUCACGACCCGAAUCGAGUGUGGAAUUGAACUCAGGAACUAGUUGUGGUGAGGUCUAA